UUUUUUUCCAUCAACAGGCUUGCUUUAUAUUCUCUUUGAUUUGGUCUAUUGGAGGAAGUUGUGAUACAGAUGGUCGUCUUAUUUUUGAUGCUUUCAUACGACUCAUCAUACUAGGAAAAGAUGAUGAAAACCCAGUGCCAGACUCUGUGGGUAAAUGGGAAUGCCCAUUUGAUGAAAAAGGCCUAGUCUAUGACUACAUGUAUGAGUUGAAAAACAGAGGUCGCUGGCUCCAUUGGAAUGAAUUGAUUAAAAGUACUAAUUUAGGAGAUAAACAUGUCAAAAUUCAAGAUAUUAUAGUCCCUACUAUGGACACAAUUAGAUAUACAUUUCUAAUGGAUUUGAGCAUUGCCUAUGCAAAGCCGCUGCUUUUUGUGGGUCCAACGGGUACAGGAAAAUCAGUGUAUGUGAAGGAUAAGCUAAUGAAUCACUUGGAAAAGGAGAAGUACUUUCCUUUUUAUGUUAACUUCUCUGCACGGACCAGUGCCAAUCAGGUUCAGAACAUCAUUAUGGCUAGAUUGGAUAAAAGACGCAAAGGCGUUUUUGGACCACCUAUGGGAAAGAAAUGUAUAAUUUUUAUAGACGAUAUGAAUAUGCCUGCAUUGGAGAAAUAUGGAGCUCAACCUCCUAUUGAAUUAUUACGACAAUUUUUUGACUGUGGAAAUUGGUAUGACCUUAAGGACACAAGUAAAAUCACAUUGGUUGACAUAGAGCUGAUUGCUGCAAUGGGCCCUCCAGGUGGUGGAAGAAAUCCAGUUACUCCUCGUUUUAUUCGACAUUUCAACAUCUGCAGUAUUAAUUCUUUUAGUGAUGAAACUAUGAUCCGAAUCUUCUCAUCAAUUGUAGGAUUCUACUUUAGGAUUAAUGAAUUUCCUCCAGAGUACUUUAUAAUUGGGAACCAGAUAGUCAGUGGGACUAUGGAGAUAUAUAAACGAUCCAUGGAAAAUCUUUUGCCCACUCCCACAAAAUCUCAUUAUACUUUCAACUUGCGUGACUUUUCACGAGUCAUCCGGGGGUGUUUACUCAUCAGAAGAGAUGCUGUGGAGAGCAAGCACACCAUGAUCCGUCUGUUUGUGCAUGAGGUUCUCCGAGUGUUUUAUGAUCGCCUCAUUAAUGAUGAUGAUCGAAGCUGGCUGUUUAAAUUAACCAAAACUGUUAUAAAAGACUAUUUUAAAGACUCAUUUGAUAGUCUCUUUUCACAUUUGAGGAAAGAGAAUGUACCAGUAACAGAAGCAGACUUAAGAAAUCUCAUGUUUGGUGACUAUAUGAAUCCCGACCUUGAAGGCGAUGAUAGAGUUUAUAUUGAAAUUCCAAAUAUUCAUCGUUUUAGUGAUGUUGUGGACCAAUGCUUAGAUGAGUAUAAUCAAACUCACAAAACUAGAAUGAAUCUUGUCAUUUUUAGGUAUGUUUUAGAACAUUUAUCAAGAAUAUGCCGAGUUCUAAAGCAGUCUGGUGGAAAUGCUUUGCUUGUUGGACUUGGAGGAAGUGGUCGUCAAUCUCUAACUCGUCUGGCUACAUCCAUGGCAAAAAUGCUUAUUUUCCAACCAGAAAUUUCUAAGAGCUAUGGUAUGAAUGAGUGGAGAGAGGAUAUGAAGGUUCUGUUAAGGAAUGUGGGCGUGAAGGGCCAGAAGACAGUCUUUCUAAUAACAGACACUCAGAUUAAAGAGGAAGCUUUUCUAGAGGAUAUUGACAGUGUGCUCAAUACUGGAGAAGUGCCUAACAUCUUUGCAGCAGAUGAAAAACAAGAAGUGAUGGAGGGUGUUCGCCCAGUAGCUCAGGCUGGCAAUAAACACGGUGAACUCAGUCCCUUAGCCCUUUUUGCUUUCUUUGUGAAUCGCUGCAAAGAGAACCUUCACAUUGUAGUGGCCUUUAGCCCCAUUGGAGACGCCUUUCGAAAUCGCUUGAGACAGUUCCCAUCUCUCAUCAACUGCUGUACCAUUGACUGGUUUCAGCCAUGGCCUGAAGAUGCUCUUGAACUUGUAGCUGUGAAAUUCUUAGAAACACUGGAGCUUACUGAGGUUGAACGACGAGAGAUAGUUCCGAUCUGUAAACACUUUCACACCUCCAUCAUGGAUCUUUCAGAAAGGUUCUUGCGUGAGUUAGGACGACAUAACUAUGUUACUGCUACUUCUUAUCUUGAGCUUAUUGGCUCAUUUAGACAGCUUUUGACUAAGAAACGACAAGCUAUCAUGGAAGCAAAACAAAGAUAUGUAAAUGGGCUUGACCAAUUGGCUUUUGCUGAGUCUCAGGUUGGUGAAAUGCAAACGGAGCUUGUUGAAUUACAGCCCAAAUUGGAGGAAGCUAAAAUUGAAAAUGCACAUAUGAUGCAGAUUAUUGAGAUAGAGUCUGCACAAGUAGAAGCAAAAAGAAAGUUUGUGAAAUUAGAUGAAGAGAUAGCCAGUGGGAAGGCUGAAGAAGCCCAAGCUCUGAAAAACGAGUGUGAAAGCGACCUAGCUGAGGCAAUUCCAGCCUUGGAAGCAGCUCUGUCUGCACUGGAUACGCUUAAGCCAGCUGACAUUACAAUUGUGAAAUCAAUGAAGAAUCCUCCAUCUGGUGUUAAACUAGUUAUGGCUGCUAUUUGUGUCAUGAAAGAUAUAAAACCAGAAAAAAUUUCAGAUCCUUCAGGAACUGGAGGCAAGAUAUUAGAUUACUGGGCACCUAGCAAAAAACUUCUGGGAGAUAUGAAUUUCUUAAGAGAUUUGAAAGAAUAUGACAAGGACAACAUUCCAGUAACUGUUAUGCAGAAGAUUCGUGGGGAAUACUUAACAAACCCCGAAUUUGACCCCCCUAAGGUUGCUAAAGCUUCUUCUGCUGCAGAGGGUCUGUGUAAGUGGAUCAUGGCUAUGGAAGUGUAUGACAGAGUUGCAAAGGUAGUGGCUCCUAAGAAAGCUCGCUUAGCAGAAGCUCAGAAGUCCUUAGCCGAGACAAUGGAGCUUUUGAAUCAGAAGAGAGCAGAACUGGCAGAAGUGGAACAUCAUGUGGAAAAUUUACAAAAGACGUUUCUUGAAAAAACAGAGGAAAAGGCUGCUUUAGAAGAUCAGGUGGAACUCUGUGCUAAGAAACUUGAAAGAGCCUCACAACUAAUUGGAGGACUGGGUGGAGAAAAAUCAAGAUGGGCUCAAGCUGCAGAUGACCUUCAGAUAACAUAUGAAAAUUUAACUGGUGAUGUCUUAGUAUCAGCAGGAGUAAUAGCCUACCUUGGUGCUUUCACUUCUGCCUUUCGACAAAUGUGUACAAAAGAUUGGAGCAUGCUGUGCAAGGAGAAAAAAAUCCCAUGUUCAGAAGAGUUCUUGUUGAGUAAGACUCUGGGUGAUCCAGUAAAAAUUAGAGCUUGGAAUAUUGCUGGAUUGCCAACAGAUACAUUUUCCAUAGAUAAUGGAGUGAUUGUUAAUAACUCUAGGCGUUGGCCUUUAAUGAUUGACCCCCAGGGUCAAGCCAAUAAGUGGAUCAAAAACUCUGAGAAAGAAAAUCAGCUUAGUGUUAUUAAGCUAUCAGAUUCAGACUAUAUGAGAACACUGGAAAACUGUAUUCAGUUUGGAAUUCCACUUCUAUUGGAAAAUGUUGGUGAAGACCUGGAUCCAUCGUUGGAGCCUUUACUGCUUAAACAAACUUUUAAACAAGGUGGCAUUGAUUGCAUCAGACUUGGUGAAGUCAUUAUUGAGUAUUCCUUUAAUUUCAAAUUUUAUAUCACCACAAAACUGAGAAAUCCACACUAUAUGCCAGAGCUGGCUACAAAGGUGUCUUUGCUCAAUUUCAUGAUAACUCCAGAAGGACUUGAAGAUCAACUACUAGGUAUUGUUGUUGCAAAGGAGAGGCCAGAAUUAGAAGAGGAACGAAAUGCUCUUAUUCUUCAAUCUGCAGCUAAUAAGAAACAGUUGAAAGAUAUAGAGACAAAAAUUUUAGAGACAUUAUCAUCAUCUGAAGGAAACAUUUUAGAAGAUGAAAGUGCAAUUAAAGUCCUAGACUCUGCCAAAUUGAUGUCUAAUGAGAUAACAAAGAAACAGCAGAUUGCAGAAAAAACAGAACUCAAAAUAGCAGAGUCUCGAGAAGGCUAUAGACCUAUUGCUAAACAUUCAUCAGUACUAUUCUUUAGCAUUGCAGACCUGGCUAACAUUGAUCCCAUGUAUCAGUACUCUCUUACCUGGUUUGUGAACCUAUAUAUCAACUCUAUUCAUGACAGUAACAAAUCCAAAAUUUUGGAAAAGCGCCUACGAUAUUUAAAUGACCACUUCACAUACAAUUUAUAUUGUAAUAUAUGCCGAUCACUAUUUGAGAACGACAAGCUGUUAUUUUCCUUUUUAUUAUGUGCCAAUCUUCUUCUGGCAAGGAAAGAGAUUGACUACCAGGAACUGAUGUUUCUUUUAACUGGAGGAGUAAGUCUUAAGAGUGCUGAGAAAAAUCCUGAUCCAACUUGGCUACAGGAUAAAAGCUGGGAGGAAAUUUGUCGUGCAAGUGAAUUUCCUGCCUUCAGAGGACUCAGGGAGCAUUUUUGUGAGCAUAUACUUGAAUGGCGGGAAAUUUAUGACAGUAAAGAGCCACAUAAUGCUAAAUUUCCAGCACCAAUGGAUAAUAAGCUGAAUGAACUACAGAAAAUAAUAAUUCUUCGGUGCUUAAGACCUGAUAAGAUAACCCCAGCUAUAACCAAUUAUGUAACUGACAAACUAGGGAAAAAGUUUGUAGAGCCUCCACCAUUUGAUUUGGCUAAGAGUUACUUGGAUUCAAAUUGUACCAGUCCCUUAAUUUUUGUGCUAUCUCCAGGAGCAGAUCCUAUGGCCAGCCUGCUGAAAUUUGCAAAUGAUAAAUCUAUGUCUGGAAAUAAGUUUCAAGCUAUUUCACUGGGACAGGGACAAGGACCAAUUGCAGCAAAAAUGAUAAAAGCAGCAGUAGAAGAAGGAACUUGGGUUUGCCUACAGAAUUGUCACCUUGCAGUGUCUUGGAUGCCUACAUUGGAAAAAAUAUGUGAAGAUUUAACUUCUGAAAUCUGUAACUCAUCAUUUAGGCUUUGGCUCACAAGCUAUCCAUCCCCAAAAUUCCCAGUAACAAUUCUACAGAAUGGAGUAAAAAUGACUAAUGAACCUCCCACAGGUCUUCGGCUAAAUCUCCUCCAGUCAUACCUCACUGAUCCAAUUUCUGAUCCUGGGUUUUUCAAGGGAUGCCAGGGAAAAGAACUGGCCUGGGAGAAAUUGCUGUUUGGAGUUUGUUUUUUUCAUGCCCUUGUGCAAGAGAGGAAGAAAUUUGGUCCUCUUGGUUGGAAUAUUCCAUAUGGAUUUAAUGAAUCAGACUUGCGCAUUAGCAUUCGACAACUACAGUUAUUUAUAAAUGAAUAUGAUACAAUUCCAUUUGAAGCUAUAUCUUACCUGACUGGGGAGUGUAAUUAUGGAGGAAGAGUGACAGAUGAUUGGGACAGACGUCUUCUGUUAACCAUGCUGGCUGACUUUUACAAUCAUCAUGCAAUUGAAAACCCUCACUAUAGGUUUUCUCCCAGUGGAAACUAUUUUGCACCUCCCAAAGGCAGUUAUGAGGACUACAUUGAAUUCAUUAAGAAACUUCCAUUCGUUCAGCACCCUGAAAUAUUUGGAUUACAUGAAAAUGUUGACAUCUCCAAGGAUCUUCAACAAACAAAAAGCCUCUUCAAGUCCUUACUCCUCACCCAGGGAGGCUCCAAACAAACAGGAGCCUCCGGAAGUACUGACCACAUUCUAUUGGAAAUUGCCAAAGAUAUUCUCAACAAGCUCCCUAGUGAUUUUGACAUUGAAACAGCACUCUUGAAAUAUCCUGUGACAUAUGAAGAGAGUAUGAAUACUGUGUUAGUACAAGAAAUGGAAAGAUUUAACAAUUUAAUUGUAACUAUACGUAAUACUCUACGGGACCUUGAGAAAGCUAUUAAGGGUGUGGUUGUAAUGGAUUCUGCAUUGGAGGCACUCUCUGGCAGCUUACUUAUUGGAAAGGUUCCAGAAAUAUGGGCCAAGCGAUCAUACCCAAGUCUUAAGCCCCUAGGAAGUUACAUCACAGAUUUUCUAACCCGGUUGAAGUUUUUAACGGACUGGUAUAAUUCAGGAAAACCUUGCGUGUUUUGGCUCUCAGGCUUCUUUUUCACUCAAGCCUUUCUAACUGGAGCUAUGCAGAAUUAUGCCAGAAAAUAUACCACCCCUAUUGAUUUAAUAGGAUAUGAAUUUGAGGUCAUUCCUUCUGAUACAUCUAACACGUCACCAGAAGAUGGCGUUUAUAUCCACGGAUUAUAUCUUGAUGGAGCGCGCUGGGACAGAGAAAGUGGAUUGCUUGCUGAACAGUAUUCCAAACUUCUGUUUGACCUGAUGCCCAUCAUAUGGAUAAAACCAACUCAAAAGUCUCAGAUUAUAAAGUCGGAUGCCUAUGUCUGUCCCCUGUACAAGACAAGUGAACGUAGAGGAACUCUUUCCACCACGGGACAUUCUACUAACUUUGUCAUUGCGAUGUUGUUAAAAACAGACCAACCUACUCAACACUGGAUCAAGCGUGGGGUUGCUUUGCUCUGUCAGUUGGAUGACUAAAUUGGACAAAUUUAGAAAACAUCUGAAAGUAGUAAAAAAUAUUGUCUUUAAUUAUUUAAAAAAUAUACAUUAUAAAACUAAG